AUGAAGUUCUCUGCUGUUGCUCUGGCCCUAUGUGUGGGCCUUGCCGUCCCAGUGUCCGCCUUGAGCGGUCCCAAGACAAGUUGGGCUCCUACAAAAAGCCAAAUUGGCCAGAAAUCUGCUGGAGGUAGUGGAUUCGGGUCUUAUUUGGAUAAUGUAGCUGGUACAGAACCAGCAGCACCAACUCAGUCGGCUCCUCCUGCCGCCGCUGCUGCUGCGCCUGCUUCUGGCUCUGGUCCCAAGACAAGUUGGGCCCCAACAAAGAGCCAAAUCGAACCAGGAGCACCAACUCAGUCGGCUCCUCCUGCCGGAGCAGCUGCUGCACCUGCUUCUGGCUCUGGUCCCAAGACAAGUUGGGCUCCUACAAAAAGCCAAAUUGGUCAGAAACCUGCUGCAGGCAGUGGAUUCGGGUCUUAUUUGGAUAAUGUAGCUGGCGCGGCACCAGCAGCACCUUCUCAGUCUGCUUCUCCUGCUGCGGCAGCUGCACCACCUGCUUCUGGUUCUGGCCCCAAGACAAGUUGGGCUCCUACAAAAAGCCAAAUUGGUCAGAAAUCUGCUGGAGGCAGUGGAUUCGGGUCUUAUUUGGAUAAUGUUGCAGGAGGUGCACCUGCCACAUCUGCUGAGCCUGAAGCCCCAGCAGCUACCGCUCCCCCCACUGCGGCUUCAUAUCUGGACCAGGUGGGAGGAGGCGGUGCUGCAUUCACAUCUGGCCCCAAGAAAAGCUUUGCUCCCACCAAUGCUAGCUGGAAGCAGUAG